UCAGCCGGCAUGCCCACCCAGUUGGAAAUGGCCAUGGAUACCAUGAUCCGCAUCUUCCACCGCUACUCCUGCAAGGAGGGGGACAGGUUCAAACUCAACAAGGGGGAGCUUAAGAUGCUGCUACAGCGAGAGCUCACUGAGUUCCUCACGUGCCAAAAGGAUCCCCAGCUGGUGGAUAAGAUAAUGCAGGACCUGGACGCCAAUAAGGACAACGAAGUGGAUUUUAAUGAGUUUGUGGUCAUGGUGGCGGCUCUGACGGUUGCGUGUAAUGAUUACUUUGUAGAGCAGCUGAAGAAGAAAGGCAAAUAA